AUGGAUAUCUUUCAGGUUCUGACCAGAGGCGCAAAUGUCAAACGAAAUGGGCGUUCAGGCGGUUCAGCAGAUUUCAGUAAGACACCGGUGGACCAGACAGCCAAAUCACAAGCGGGAAGCACGAAAAAGGCGGAUUCAGAUCGUCAACUUACCAAAGAGCUGGAUUUCUUCCGCAACAAGAGAACGGUCCAGAAAGCUGAGGCUGAGGCUGAAAUAAAUGAAGUAAAGCAGGAAUCGGAGGCUACAGAGACUACUGUGGAUUCACGCUUCUAUUCUGAUUCAGGAUCCCUCCGGAUCUCCAGUGCACAGGAUGCUGCGGAACUAAGAAAAUCCUACAUGGGCAACGUGACUGGUGGAGACGUGCCGCUGCCGAUCGGGUCGUUCGAAGAUCUGGUAACUCGCUUCAAAUUCGACAAGCGGCUAAUAUCCAACUUGAUCGAGGCCCACUUCACGGAGCCAACUCCCAUUCAAUGCGAAGGUAUACCGAUGGCUUUGCAAGGCAGAGACGUCCUGGCUUGCGCGCCCACCGGGUCUGGUAAAACGCUUUCAUUUGUGCUACCGCUGCUCCAACAGGUGAUCGCGUCUCGCAAAACAGAUGGUCUCAAAGGUUUGAUUAUCUCCCCAACAAAAGAGCUGGCCAAUCAAAUAUUUCUUGAAUGCACUAAGCUCAGCAACAAGAUCUUCCUGGACAAGAAGAGACCACUUUCCGUCGCGCUUCUGAGCAAGUCUCUGAGUGCUAAACUGAAAAAUAAAAUAGUGAGUGAUAAGAAGUACGACAUCAUAAUAUCCACUCCUCUGCGGCUGAUAGAUGUUGUCAAGCAAGAAGCGCUCGAUCUUUCUUCAGUCAAGCAUCUUAUAUUUGACGAAGCAGACAAGCUUUUUGAUCAGACAUUUGUGGAGCAAGCAGACAGCAUCUUAGCAUCAUGCCGCGAUCCGCAACUCCGCAAAAGCAUGGUUUCUGCCACGAUGCCAUCAGGCUUGGAACAGAUAGCUCAAAGUAUCAUGUUGGACCCUGUGAGAAUCAUUAUCGGCCACAAGGAGGCUGCGAAUUCCAGCAUUGAGCAGAAGCUUGUGUUUUGCGGCAACGAAGAGGGCAAACUGGUUGCUAUCAGACAAUUAAUUCAAGAAGGUUACUUCAAGCCGCCUGUAAUAAUCUUUUUGGAGUCCAUCACCAGAGCUAAGGCGCUAUUUCACGAGUUGCUCUAUGACAACUUGAACGUCGACGUUAUUCACGCUGAAAGAACUCAGAUCCAGAGAGCCAAGAUCAUAGAAAGAUUUAGAACUGGUGAAAUCUGGUGUUUGAUUUGCACAGAUGUCUUGGCCAGAGGUGUGGACUUCAAAGGUGUUAACCUGGUCAUUAACUAUGAUGUUCCCAGAUCGGCUCAGUCUUACGUGCAUCGAAUCGGUAGAACCGGUAGAAACGGUCGCGAGGGAACAGCGAUUACUUUCUACACCAAGCAAGAUAACUUGGCAGUGAAGCCCAUUAUCAAUGUCAUGAAACAAAGCGGAUCGGAAGUUGCAGAAUGGAUGGACCAGUUUGCGAAGAUGACUAAGAGAGAGAAGGAAGCGUUGAAGAAGGGAAAAUCAUCUAUCGAUAGACAGCAAAUUAGUACCGUUCCCAAGAUGAUCAAACAGAAAAGGCGCCAGCGGGAAGAAAUGGUGGAGGCGUCCAAAAGACGCAAAGCCCUGGACACUUGA